UUCCUGUGAGGGCGCACGCGCGGAGGGUUACUGCCUCCUUCUCCUCCCCCAGCUCAGUUCCCCUCAUAAAACGACCAAGUGUCUGCCGGUGUUGAAUGAGAGCAGUGGCUGAGGGAAGCGCUCUCAACCUAGACGCGAGCCCGUUGGCUCACAGUAUAUUGUCUCUGUUCUGUUUUGGCACUCGGCCGCUUCUCUCUCGUCGGCAGGAAUUAUGACUCUACUGUGGAUGAAUUAGUAAAACCAUUGCUGCAAAUGUACAGUGGAAGCGAACAGUGGGGUAAUAUGGACCUAACGAAUGGGCAGCUCAGUGGUGGUAAUAUUGCAACUGCUGCUUCAGAGAAGAGUAGCAGCUCGGAGUCCUUAAGUGACAACGGUUCUGCUGAACUAAAGAAAAGCUUUGAUGCAGUAGUAUUUGAUGUUUUGAAAGUUACACCUGAAGAAUAUGCAGGCCAGAUAACACUGAUGGACAUACCUGUAUUUAAAGCCAUUCAACCAGAAGAGCUGUCAAGUUGUGGUUGGAAUAAAAGGGAGAAAUAUAGUUCUGCACCAAAUGCAGUUGCUUUUACAAGAAGAUUCAACCAUGUAAGUUUUUGGGUUGUCAGAGAGAUUCUUCACGCACAGACCUUAAAAAUAAGAGCUGAAGUUCUAAGCCACUAUAUUAAAACUGCUAAGAAACUGUAUGAGUUAAAUAAUCUGCAUGCUCUUAUGGCUGUACUAUCUGGAUUGCAAAGUGCUCCCAUCUUCAGGUUGACUAAAACAUGGGCGUUACUGAGCCGAAAAGACAAAGCUACUUUUGACAAACUGGAAUAUGUAAUGAGUAAAGAAGAUAAUUAUAAAAGACUUAGAGACUACAUUAGCAGCUUGAAGAUGACUCCCUGUAUUCCUUAUUUAGGUAUUUAUCUUUCAGAUUUGACAUAUAUUGAUUCAGCAUACCCAUCGACAGGAAGUAUUCUGGAAAAUGAGCAAAGAUCAAACUUAAUGAAUAACAUACUUAGAAUAAUAUCAGAUUUACAGCAGUCUUGUGAGUAUGAUAUUUUUGUGUUGCCUCAUGUUCAAAAAUACCUGAAUUCUGUUCAAUAUAUAGAAGAACUUCAAAAAUUUGUGGAGGAUGACAAUUAUAAGCUUUCAUUAAAGAUAGAACCUGGGACCAGUACCCCACGUUUUGCUGCAUCUCGUGAAGAUUUAGUAGGUGCUGAAGUGGGGAUUUCUCCACAAAGUGUACGAAAAAGUGGUACAACUGAAGGAGCAUUGCUACCACCAACUCCUCCAUCCCCUCAGAACCUCAUACCACAUGGGCAUAGGAAAUGUCACAGUUUAGGAUACAAUUUCAUUCAUAAGAUGAACACAGCAGAAUUUAAAAGUGCAACAUUUCCAAAUGCAGGACCAAGACAUCUUUUAGACGAUAGUGUCAUGGAAUCACAUGCCCCAUCUCAGGGACAGGCAGAAAGCUCUACUCUUUCUAGUGGAAUUUCAGUAGGUAGCAGUGAUGGUUCGGAGCUCAGUGAAGAAACUUCCUGGCCAGCAUUUGAAAGGAACAGGUUAUACCAUUCUCUUGGUCCGGUGACAAGAAUGGCACGAAAUGGUUAUCGAGGCCACUUGAAGGGCAGCAGUUCUGCAGAGUCUGAAGACUUGGCUGUUCAUUUGUAUCCAGGAGCUGUUACUAUUCAAGGUGUUCUCAGAAGAAAGACAUUGUUGAAAGAAGGCAAAAAACCAACAGUAGCAUCUUGGACAAAAUACUGGGCAGCUUUGUGUGGGACCCAACUUUUCUACUAUGCUGCAAAGUCUUUGAAGGCAACAGAGAGAAAACAUUUCAAAUCUACACCAGCUAAGAAUGUGUCAGUAGUGGGUUGGAUGGUUAUGAUGGCUGAUGAUUCAGAUCAUCCAGAUUUCUUCUUGCUCACAGAUUCUGAGAAAGGGAACUCGUACAAGUUUCAGGCUGGUAACAGAAUGAAUGCAAUGUUGUGGUUCAAGCAUCUAAGGGCUGCCUGCCAAAGCCACAGACAACAGGUCCCUGCCAACUUGAUGACUUUUGAGUGACAAGCUUCUUCAGAACCUGAACCAAGAUGACAGUUCAGAAUAUUGUCUGUCUCAUAGUUGGAAGAAGAAGGUCCCGAUAAAAGCACACCAUCUUACUUUGUGCCAGAACAAAGAUGAUAAACAGAAUUUCAAAAUCUCUGACCUACUGAACAAACAAACAGAAAAGCACUAAGAGGUUAGGGGAUGGAAAUGCAUCAUGAACUGCCAUGUAGUGUUGCUUAAAAUUCUCUGGACUGAUCUGUGGAAACUAAUGCCUUAAAAAAUGAAAGGGAAACCAAUAUGAAAAACCAGUGUGUCUGUCUGUCUGUCUGUCUGUGCGCAUGCGUGUCUGUCUGUGUGUGUGUCUCUCUCUGUGUGUAGUUGGUUUGCUUAUAGUUGGUUUGCAUUUAACAUUGUAGCUUUUGGUUUAAAAGCCCAUCAUUUUUUGCAUUUUUUGUGUGAAAAAGACAUAAACUCAGAAUAUUUUCUGAGUUGUGUCAGGAUGAAAGUUUGCAAGGAUGUAACAUAUGUGUUAUUAAAAAAUGUGUAGAUUGUACUAGUAUCCCUCAGUCUGUACGAACUUUUGUUUUGUUCAUGUAAUUAGUUCAAUUAGAUCAUUUGUUUAGGUUUAGAUGUAAGAACUGUAACAUAUGCAAUUUUCUUAUCUUUUCACAAAGCACUGAUGUUGCAGAAUUUGGUACUGUAUGGGGAUUUUUAUUCCUUUUAGGGACACACUUGAAUAUUUAAACAUCCUUUCUCCCUUUUCUUGGAGCAUUUGGUUCUCAUUUCCCUCAUCUGCAGGAUUUUGUAAAUUCAGCUCCAGGAAGUGUUGGUGAAGGUUUUUGUCUCACUCAACAUGUUUUCAAUACACACACUCACUUCCCAAAAUUCACUAUAGGUACAUAUUGUAAAGUUCUUCUUUGGUUCUACUUGCUGUUGAAAUUUAUUUGUCUCAAUGCAUAUUGCCAUUCUUAUAGACACACAAGCAAGUGUUUAUAUUUUUCAUUUGGAAUUGUAAGUUUCAUUUCCUUCUUCCAUACUGGGCAUGAAAAACAGAUAAUAAGCAUUAACUGUGAGGCUAGUGCUCGUGAAGUACAGCUCCUGGAAAAUCAGGGAAAACAGUAAUGUAAUAUACAAGCAGGAGCACAGUGGGUAAGACUAAAAGAGGAUGAUUUGCAUACUUUCCCUCCUAUAUGAUUGAGGAAUGUCUGUUCUGGUCUUAUAAUGAUGUUGUAAAGAGAGCUGGUGUCUUGUUCUGAGUCACUUUUACUUUACACUUGUGUUUCCUUACCAGAAGUAUUACUGUACAUAAUUUGCACAACUUGUUUUCCAUUUUUUAAAAAUCACUGUGUUUUUCUUUUCAAAGUUUCUGAAGGAAAAAAAAACACUAUUUUGUGGAAAGAAACCCUGUGGAAUCUUGCUUUUUUAGUAAAAAGAGAAAACACACUAGGAUAGAUGCAUUACAAGCUUACCAGAAUUGUUCUUUGUGCUUUUAUAAGUAGAAAGAUGCAAACUGCCAUCUUGAAGAUGUAAAGUUGCUAAAGACACACUGUCAGGUUUAUUUUUAUAUGGUGAUUUCAUUAUAUUUUGACAUAUCCAGUGGGUUUUUCUGACAAGUCUCCGUUGUCUAUCUGGAGUUUAGUACACUACAUUCUCCUUUAGUGUGUUUUUACUGCUUUCCUAAAUGAGGCUUGCUUUGAUAGACUUGUAACAUUGACAAAGACAAAUUAAUCAUAUCAAAAUCUAAAGGAAGCUGAACAUUGCUGUGAAGGGAUCACACCCAAAAUGGUUACAUUAAUUAGCUCAUAUGCACGUUGAGAGAUGAUUUACACACAAAUCCUUCUAUAGCUUUCGGCUAAUUUUCAAAAACAGUAAAGAGUAAGCUAUUUUAGUGACUUUCAGGAAAAAUUUAAUCCAAGUUCAAAUGUAAUACAUCCAUGUCAAAAGUUUGAUAGAAGAUGAUAAUUCUUAGUGGAGAACAGAAGAUUGUGACGAUUUCAGCAUAUGUUUCAUACAUUUUCUCUUUUAUCUUGUUUUGGGCUAGGGAUGGAGAUUUCUUAGAGCAAAUGUCAAGCCAUUCAAUUUUUUGUGGUAUAUUUUUCAAAGAUAAGUUUCUUAAAUAUUUUUACAUGCAUCCUAAUGUCCCUCCCAGUCCCCAAAAUCAAAGUGUACUUUUUGUUUUUAUGCUUAACUUAUAAAAUCAUCUUUUUAAUAAAAUAGCAUUAGGUUUUGUUGUUGUUUUUAAAGUUAGUAUUGAUAAAAAUAACUAACUUAGAUUUUUGCUUCAAAAUGCAUUAAUUCACAGUGACAUAAAAUUUCAGAACUCAGUGCUAUGAAUGCCAUCAGAUUAAUAAACGUACAGACUGUCUCUGAAAGAAGGCACUUUUAUUGCUACCACACUGUGUUAGAACAUUGACCUAGCUGUAUGAAUUUUUAUACUAACAAAGUUCUGGAUAAAAUUCAUUUGACACUGAUAAAAUGAAAAUGUGGCGGCUUCAGUUUUAUGACUCCAACUAAACCAAAUUAGAUACUCUCACUAUCAUUAAUUAAAAUGCUAGUUUUCAACAAUAUACUCCAUGUAACUGGAGUUCACAAUCCAAGUCAUGUUCGUAAUCUCUGUGAACACAAAAUUAAACAUUGAAACACUGAAAGUAUGCCUUCAGAGUUUACACUGAGUCACAGAAUGUUUAAUCCUAAGUGACAAACACC